GCAGGUAGCUUCACUACAAAUAAACCAGUCCAGUCAGGAGUGGCAUGUAGUGUGUGCUCACACACUGAUCUGCACACACUAAUUUUUGCGUACACACUGUGAGCAGAGACAGCAUGAGUGCAGUGUCUGAACCUUUGGUUGGCAGUAGCAGGACUCCGUCUGCAGCCAAAAGACACAGAAGUAUCAGGAAGAACUCUAGAAGGAUUUAUUCAGCCUACCAAAACCACCAGCAGGGCUCCUCAGAUGAUGAAGAUAAAGAGGAUGAGCGGGUGGACAGCAAUGACCCAGAGGAGAUGUUCCAGAACAUUCAGUACCAGAAGGAGAUCAUAGCCAAUAUUCGGACCAGACCCUGGCCAAUGAGACGCAAGCUCAAAGUCCUAAAGCAGGCCAGAGAGAUUGUUCUGAAGUACGAGGGCCAACUGACCAGAACCAGAGGUUACCAGACUGCGGGAGCUGAUCUGCUGAAGAAGUUGUCCCGUGUGCUUUACAACAUUGUGGUUCUGUUCAUUCCCUGGGAAGUGAGGAUCAAAAAAAUUGAAAGUCACUUUGGAUCGGGCGUGGCUUCAUACUUCAUCUUUCUCCGCUGGUUGUUUGGGAUCAACAUCGUCCUCACCGUCAUGACUGGAGCCUUCAUCGUUCUGCCUGAGCUGCUGGCUGGAGCUCCAUUUGGAACAACAAGGAGUAAAACUAUCCCCAAGGAGCAUCUGGCUUCAGCCCAAGACCUGGACACCAUCUGGUCACUUGGGGGCUACCUGCAAUACUCUGUGUUAUUCUAUGGUUACUAUGGCAGGGUGAGGAAAAUUGGCAGUGCAGGUUACCGGUUGCCCCUCGCCUACUUCCUGGUUGGGAUGGCUGUCUUUGCCUACAGUUUCAUCAUUCUGUUAAGAAAAAUGGCUAAGAACUCUCGUCUGAGCCUGGCCAGUGCCUCUGAUGAGAACUUCACGUUCUGCUGGAGAGUUUUCUGUGCUUGGGAUUACCUGAUAGGAAACCCAGAGGCUGCAGAGAGCAAAGGAGCUGCCAUCAUCAACAACAUCAGGGAAGCCAUUGUUGAGGAGCAGGAAAAGAAGAAGGAUACCAGUCUGGCAGUUCUGAUUAGUCUACGAAUCUUAGCCAACAUUCUGGUGCUACUAUCUCUGGCUGGCAGUAUCUACAUCAUCUACUUUGUGGUGGACCGCUCUCAGAAACUAGAGCAGGAGAAGCCGGAGCUGACGCUAUGGGAAAAGAAUGAGGUGAGUGUGGUGGUUUCUCUCAUUACCAUGAUUGCUCCUUCUGCCUUUGAGCUGGUGGCUCAGCUUGAGAUGUACCACCCACGAACCUCGCUGAGAUUCCAGCUGGCCAGAGUGCUUGUUUUAUACCUGGGGAAUCUCUACAGCCUCAUCAUUGCCCUCCUUGAUAAGGUCAACAGUAUGAGCUCUGCUGUCCCAUUGAAUCCAGGUAACUGGUCUGACCCCAGGUCCUUCCUGGCCACCAUCUCUCAGCCUGAGGUAGACAGCCCAUCCACUCUGGUUUCUGAGAUCUCUGUCUUUGAGCCACGCAACAGCACCAUAGCGACCAUUGCCAUGGUUCUCGAUGUUACAAACACCAGCACGAGCAGGUCAGGGAUCAUCUCCAACCAGACAGCUCUGUUUGAGAAGAACACCCGCUCUCAGCAGGACCAAUGCUGGGAGACCUAUGUUGGACAGGAGAUGUUGAAGCUGUCCAUCAUUGACAUGAUCUUCACAGUGGCCAGCAUCCUGCUCAUUGACUUCAUCAGAGGUUUGGUCGUUCGCUACCUGAGUGACUGCUGUUGCUGGGAUUUAGAGAGCAAGUUUCCUGAAUAUGGAGAAUUCAAAAUAGCAGAGAAUGUUUUGCAUCUGAUAUAUAACCAAGGAAUGAUCUGGAUGGGAGCAUUUUUCUCUCCCUGUCUUCCUGCCUUCAAUGUGUUGAAGCUGAUUGGUCUGAUGUAUCUAAGGAGCUGGGCUGUCCUCACCUGUAAUGUUCCCCAUCAGCAGGUGUUCCGAGCCUCCAGAUCAAACAAUUUCUACCUGGCAAUGCUGCUUUUCAUGCUGUUUCUGUGUAUGCUGCCCACCAUCUUUGCCAUAGUCAGAUACAGACCAUCACAGCACUGUGGACCAUUCAGUGGUCAAGAGAAAAUAUAUGACAUAAUUUCCGAGACCGUGGCCAGUGACUUCCCCCUGUGGUUCAGUAAAGUGAUGAGUUAUGUCACUAGCCCUGUUGUAGUGCUGCCAGCAUUGCUGCUUCUGUUCAUGCUGAUAUACUAUCUCCAGGCCAUUGCCAGAUCCCUCAAAUUCACCAACAAUCAGCUGAGGAUGCAGCUCCAGACUGAGCGGACCGAGGACAAGAAGAAAGUCUUCCACAUGGCUGCAGCGAGACUUCAGGCUCCAGAGGCUGCAGCAGACAAAAAACCAGAUCAGCAAGAGAGUGACAUCACAAGCCAGGAUGCCUCAGCUCACACUCCAUCUCCCCAGCGGAACAGCAGCGUCACAAACUUCAAUUCUCCUGUUCCUCGUGGAAACAGCAUCCGCACCAUCACCCAAUCAGCGUCUAGAGCGGACCUGAACAGAGGAAGUGCGGCUGGAUCCGUCAGAAGUCCAGCAGUGACCAUACUGCCCAAACACAGGCUGGAGCACAUACCUAACAGGCCACUAUCCUUUCUUGGUAGCUCCGGUGGUAACUGUAGGCCCAAGUCCUACCACCACAUACCAUAUAAUCCCCCAGCUCUCUAUUCUGACAGCAUCCACUCUGACCCCCUGUACAGGAAGACCAUACGUUCCAUACAUCCAGUGGAGGCUGCUGGGAUCAUCACUGCACAGAGUUAUGGAGGACGGCACGGUCACACCACACGUUAUGUGAUUGUCAAUGAGCAUGAGCCCAGGAAGAAGCUGCGUCGCUCAGCCACACGGAUCCCACGCCAUUAUCUCAUGGAGGAGCCUGCAGAGAUCCUGGAGCUGUACCCACACAACAUUAAACGCUACACACCCCGCAACGCUCAACACCAACCAAAUCCUCACCGGUCCCACCAAUCAACGCAGCAUCUGAGUGAAGAUGAAGAGGAGGAGGAAGAUGGAAAAGGUCAAGGAAGGAUGUUUUUGGGAAAGGCACAUCGGCCCCGUUCCCUCUCUGACCUCCACCAACCAGCACACUUCUAUAUCGGUGAGCAUGUAGAGAGCCACAUUUCCAUGACUAAAGACGGCCACACUGCUCGAAGAAGAUAUGGAGCGCAAGAAGAGGAUGAUGGUGAAGGAGAAACAGAUUGGGGAGGUUUAGAGUCACACUCCCGGCCCGUAGCCAAUGUCAGAGGUGCAGACUCUCUUCUUGUGCGAACCAGGCGUCACAUCCCUUCCCCAGGAAGACACUGUCAGUCCCCAGUCAGAACCAGGCACAUGGAGUCUUAUGUGAAACCCAAGGCUAGGCAGAAGCUUGAGACACCCCUGACCGAGUCAGACUCAGCCUCCCUGGCCUCCAGCAGUGACCAGCAGAACAGCAGCACUGACCAGUACAUUCAGGUCAUCCACAACAAGGAGCACUAUCUCAAGUCUGAUGCCAGACAAGGAAAGCUGGCCAAAAAGAAGUCUAAAGCCAACAUUGAUCUAAAUGCCACUGAGUCAAAUGACCUUGUCUGCUCUAAUGUUUGACUCAUUUGUUAAAUGAGUAGGUGGUAGCUGGAGAGGUGCCAGUUCACCUACUGGGCACUGCCGAGGUGCCCUUGAGCAAGGCACCGAACCCCCCACCACUCGGAGCACCUGUCAUGGGCAGCCCCACUCUGACAUCUCUCCACUUAGUGCAUGUAUAGGUCCUGUUUGUGCAUGUGUGUGUGUUCGGACCUGUGUGUAAUUGACAACAGAGUGAAAAAUUGAAUUUCCCCUCGGGUAUUAAUAAAGUAUGUAAAAUUAAAUUAAAAAAUUAAAAAAAAAAUUAAAACUAGGUAUUCUGUUCAGUGUUUCUGAAAAUAUCAUUGACAUAUAUAGGUCUACAUUACUAGCAGUUGCAUACGUUGCAUUAAAAGCACAGAAAGUAUAUUAUGUGAUUUCCUUCUAUGUGUGUGCUCUUGUAUCAUUUUGAAAUGGCUAUGUCAGCUAAUUAAAUGUGUUACUAUAGCAAUGUGUGAAACAAACCAUACUACAGAGUAUGAAAUCCAAUACAGCUUACAUAAUUACACUUGCUUCAUAUACAACAAUAAUAGAAUAGCUCAUCAUCACAAACUGAUCUGUCCUGUACACUGACUUUAGCAUUUUAGAUGGAAUGAAAUGACCACGACAUUCCCAGCUGGCUUGCUGCAACAAUAAAGGACUCCAGCUGCAGCUGGGUGAUGGCACAGCUGUUUAAAAAGAAUCACAUCAAGGGAAGUUAAAAUGCUUGAUGGUCACAUAAUUCACGUAGACAGAGAGUUCCAGGAAGUUAAUAGUGGGCCAUUUUAAUACAUAAUAGACAGGUUUCUGUGCAACAUCAUCACAGAGAUGUGCACGCAACUAGGGAGCAGAAAUUGGUCAUUUUCACACCAUUUUUAGCAGAGCGAAGCACCAAAGCAGAGAUGACAAGGAGUUGUGCAGUAUACUGCACCGACCGCAGAAAAGAUGGAUGGAAAAUAUUUAAUAUUCAAAGGGGAAUCCCAUCUCUGUCCUAAGAACAGCAGGAGAUUAUGGAUCCAGGUCAUUCAAAGGGUGGACUGGGGUCCCGAUGGUUACGAUGGUCUUGGCGCACUGCCUAUACUUCCACUGUAAUCAGGGCCAGACAUUUCCAUAUUGUCCUAGACGUUGCUAGCUAGCUGUCACGUGUCUAAUGUCUUGUACAGUAUGUUUACAACAGCUGAUAAAAGUGAAGUCAAGUAGCCUUGUCACUAACAUUGUUACUUGACAUAGUUAGCUUAGUGACACUAAUGUUACAAUCAUGCUCCUGAUAAUGAGUACGUUUACAUGCAUAAAUUAUUCUGGUUUUUGCUCGCAUUCUGAAAAAGACAAUAUUCCUACUAAGUUGUUUGCAUGGCUAAUAAGAAUGAAUAUUCCACUGAGGAUCCUCUUCACAUGCAGCCAUGCAUACUCUGAUUAACGCACCCUAACAUGCACAUGUAUCACGUCAAAAUAUUGAACAGUGGAACAGCCGGAGCCGUUUGUCAUUUUGCUUCUUUGCAUCAAAAUAGGAUUUUUUUUAAAAGUUUCCUACUGUUGGCAGACUUGUUGGAACAUGUGAACAUGGUCAAAAAGCUGUUGUUAUCCAAGUCUGUUGUAAUGUUUAAAAAGUAGGUGUGUUUCUCCUCCCGAUCAGAAAUGUGGGUUUUUCUUUUGGGCAUAUAUCUCUAUCCCACAGCCUUCAAAGUGGUGGUUGGUUGUUCUGUGUACAGCAUAUCCAUGACACGCACAGAGCAAACUGUAAACAGGCAAGAGGCCACUAUGGUAGAACCCCAACUGAAACAAAUAUUCUGAAUGUGCUGUCUACAUGUCCAAAGAAUGCUUCUAAAAGCUGAAUAAUACUAGGGCUGUAGUCAACCAAAGUAAAUCUUGGUCGACUGAAGUGGUACAGAAUCUUCAACUAAUCGAUUAGUCGUGGGGGAAAAAAAUCUGAACGUUAUUUUUUACUACUGCAGUGGUGUGUUUGUGUCACUCAGCAGUUACACCUCCAAAACGCUAGUCAGCGGUGGAGGACUCUGUUAAGUGCUGUAAAGUGUAGUUGAUUCAAAACACACAUUAAACACACAUUAAAUAUGGCUUAAUAGAGACAAUUUCAAACACAAGUACGCAAAUUGGCUUCACUAUAAAUUGAAGCAUUGACAGACAAACACUCCUUUAUCUGGACACAUUUCCCCCACCAAUACAACAUGCUAACGUUAUUAACACAAGUCUAUGGCAUUUUACAUUGUGUAAAUUAGCCUAACUACGAUCUUUCCCUCUUCUCAUAUAAAACCAGGGACAACAGCAACAUUUAACAAAGGUAACGGCACAUAAAUUGGCUCCAUUACAACUGACAAGAUACACCAACAGCUGUCACACUAAACACAUUUUCCAAACAAAUACAACAUGCUAACAGCAUUUUACAUUGUAUAAAUUAGCCUAGCGACAAGUGGGGAUUUCCUCUGUUCAUAUGAAGUAUUUUCCCUAAAGGAUAUGUCACACACAAGACUUAAAAUGCUAUUUUAGUGGAGGCUUUACUGUCUUCACAAUUUAUUGUUUCUUAUCUGUGAAAUACAAGUACAAGCUUUGUUUCCACUGAGGAAAAUGGUGUCAGUAUACAGAAACAGACAGGAGACAGGAAACAGACACCCCCGCCGCAGGAAAGAAUGGAUUAAUCCUAGAAAGCUAUUGAUGUAGCACUUUUCUCCUUAUGAAAGUCACACGGCGAUUAUUCAACCAAUGAGAAUUUGGUCGGAUGAGAGCAUAUCGACCAAAUAAUUGACCAGGAGACAACAGCCCUAAAUAAUACCAGCAUAUCCCACAUCUUAAUCAGCCUAAUUAUGAAUAUCCAAACAGAAUAUGUUAUUUACAUGACCAACAUCAGAUUCAGAAUAUUGUCAUAUUUGGAACAAUAGUGGAAUAGUAGUGAGCAUGUAAUGUAAAUGUUGCCAUUGUCAAAUAAGGAGAGGAUGAACAAAUUUCACUGAGAGACCUGAUAACUAUGGGCUACUAAUAUUCAGCUAUUGUUAGCUAACAAUUUCCAUAAUGAUGUAUUAAUAUGCAACAGAUCCAACUCUGAAAAGGCACUUUGUUAUCGAGUCAACAAGAAUUUAUAAAGAUUGUAAAAUCUACGGAAUACAAUGGUUGACCAUAAUUAUGUGGUCUGGAACCAAAGCAGUUUUUCCCAUUAGAUGUGUAUGCUAACCGGUUCGGUCCGUUUUAAGAGCUCCACCCGGUUUAAUUCACGUCAACCGGAUAAACAGGAGGAGGAAAAAAAAAAUAAAAAAGCUUUUCACAUCGGUGGCGUGUCAAGGGACUAUAUUCAACUUAUCUUGCAUUGUAACAUGCAUUAUGACAACUUAAUAAGGUUUAUGUUUGUUUAUAAAUGAAGUGGAGGAGCCUACAAGUGUUUUGUUUAGUUUGUCUCAGAGGCCUCAGAGGGACUCCGCAACUCCACUCCGCUUAGCUGUCUGCUGCAAGAGAUCAAAUUUCAUUGGGGGCGGGGAAAAGUGCUAGGGAGUCAGCAGUCAUUCAGUUUGUUGCCCUAGUAACCCGUUUCCACUGAAGAAGUUCCUGGUAUUAUUUGGGGGGCUGGAUCUACUACAGGAACGUCCUCUCGCUCGGCUCUCUCAACCGCCGUGUCUCCACUGAGAGAGCGGAGUCGGAGGAAGGUUCCUUGGUGUCCUUCUGCGUCUUCUUCUUCUUGUGUAACCUUGUGUGUAUUGGAGGUUAAUACCGCAUUACCGCCACCUAGUGGAUUGGAAGCGCAUUACACCUAUAAUGGGCUUUUAUUGGGAAACAUAGCUCAAAUGCGACCCCCAGUGGUAAAAUUAGGUAUAUAAUUCAAUAUAUCGGUUCGGUUAGAUAUUUGGCUUUAAAUCAAACCGGUUGGAAAAUUUUCAAACCGACACAAGCCUAGUGUAUGCACCCAAUUAUUAUUGCAUAUAAGAAACCCGUCUAUACAGAGAGAUAUAACUCAGAUUUUUUGUAAUUAAUAGUCUAGAAAUACAUUGAUUUACUAUAUUUAUGUAGGACACCUUAUGUAGGUACACCAAUAUGUUUUUUAAAAAAAAGUAAAAUUGUCUAAUAUUUGAGGAUUAGUGUGAACAGCAAGGGUUAUCUGCCUGGUUGACAUAUUUUAGGCUAAUGCUACCUUAGUUAAAGAGUGUCUUGCUGUUGUUUAUUGCAUUAAAUUCAUUUUUAAAUUAUGUCCUUAACUUAUGUGGUAGUCAAGAGCAAUCCCAUCCUGAUAUUUACUGAUAAUGUAAUGACUGUAAUGAUUUAAUGACUAAUGUAAUCUUUAGGACUUUCAGAUAAAACAGAAGGAACCCAACAGUUGACUUUGAAUGAUGGUCAACUGACAGCAGCACAAUGAAACAGCAGACUAGCAGCAAUGGUUUCUACACAUAUGAACUACUGGUGUAAUGGUUCACAAAUUUCACGGUUUGGUUCAAUAUGAUACAGCAAAAAAUUAGAAAUGCCAAAAUUCAAGGAAAUGCCAGAAACGUCCUUGAAUCUUAAAAAUUUAAAUGUAUGAUAACUAUAUAUUUUGGGCUUUUUUGUACAAAGCAGGAAUUACUGGCUGAAAUGCGCUUAAGUCUGGGUAAAGUCAAAUCAGUGACUUCUUUCUAAACACAUUAUACAUGUUAGAAAAUACUUGUUGAAAACAUGUAAAGACUGUGAACUGUGCUGUACUGAAUGGUGAAGUUAGACUGUCCAACUAUUUUUCACCAGAGCUCAAGUGUUGUUUUUUUCACCCACUGUGUGUUGAUUGCAAGUUGUCUACAUCCCAAGGGCUCUCUGAGCUCUUUCAGUCUAAUAUAUACAUGAGUAUACAUACAUACAUCUCUGUUAAAUGUCACAUAUAAACACAAGCUAAAUUGCAUACCUUUCAGUCUUUAUGGAUGAAUCGGCUACCAGGCCCACGCACUGUUGUGGUUUUGUGCUUUGUGCAGAGGCCCUCGUUCCCUGGUUUGGGGUGUAUGUGUUCUGCAACCAUGUGUGUGGUGCUGGCUUAGCAGCUAACAAGAGUCUGUCGCUGUGCAGCAUCCUGUUCUUUGUCUUGGGUGUUGUGUAUGUUGCUGUACUGCUGGGUGAGCUGCUAAUGAAAGUCUGUAGCUGUGCAGUGGCUUGUUCUUUGGCUCGGUGUGUUUUUAUCCCCCACUCAGUUCAAUAUGAAUAUGUAUAUUGUUAUACCUCUAUAUAAACUGUGUAUUUUAUGUAUAUUUUGUCUUUUUACCAUGCACUUAUUAACUGCAAUGUAUUCAUCAACUAAAUCUCUAAUAAACUC